GGGGCGCAGCGCCUGUAUCUUUGUGUAGCGGAGCGCUUGGCGUUUCUGGGUCCGCCUCCUCCAUUUCUCUUCUGGCCUCUUCUGAAUUCCUUUCCUGGCCGCUCGCCGUCGUCGGAGCUCGCAGUCGCCAUGCCUCAGUACCAGGUCUGGGAGGAGUUCAGCCGCGCGGCCGAGAAGCUCUACCUCGCCGACCCGAUGAAGGUGCGUGUAGUUUUGAAAUACAGGCAUGUUGAUGGUAAUUUGUGUAUCAAAGUAACAGAUAAUUCGGCUUGUUUGGUGUAUAAAACAGACCAAGCUCAAGAUGUGAAGAAGAUUGAGAAGUUCCACAGCCAACUGAUGCGACUUAUGGUGUCCAAGGAAUCCCGCAACGUCAUCAUGGAGUCAGAAUGAACGGUUUGAAGUAAAGAUUGUGUGUCAUGUUCUUGGGAGGAAAUAACCUUUUUAAUUUGAGAAAGUGCUGAGAAGAAAAUCCUUUAUGUACACACAUGAGCUACUCAGAAGCUGAGAGAUUAAUUUUUUUUUUGUACUUUCUUUUCAUUGUUUGCUUUAGAGAUCUAGGGAUAUAAAUGCUUUCUAUUAGAAAACCAUUAUUUUUAGAAGUCAGACAAAAGAAAUACACUAUCUUAGAAACUUUCUGCAAACUAUUUUUAGGUUGGGAGAAUAUGUUGCUAUAAAUUCUGAUGAAUUCAUAGAAGUGAUUUGAAAAGGAAAUAACAAGAAAAGCUAGCUCUUCUUUAGAUUUAGUUGAUCUGUUUAUAUAAGGAAAUUUAAUGUAACCAUUUUGCUGGGUUUUAUAUUUCUUUCGGGGCAUAAAAUUUGUGCUGUUAUUAACUAAUAAAUUAUAGUAGCUGAAGUUAACUGUGUCCUGUAGCUGCCUGAUUGUGCACAGUGGUGAAGUCUAAACUGUAACAAGUAUGCUUUACCUAUAGCUUUCUGGAUUUAAAUGGUAUUUUUGAACAUAAGUGUUACCAGCUCGAGCAGUGAGGGACUUUAAAUCUGACUUUCAGUGGUCAAAAUCAGUGCAGUUAUUUGAAUGCAUGAUCACAGUGAUGAUCACUGUGCUGGGCUAAAACCACCACAUUACAGAAACUUACCUUAUAUUUCCCAUUUAUAUUUUCUCAGAAGGAAAGGAUUAUUAUUAUUAAGCAUAGCAUGACUCUCAGAAUUCAUGUUGUCCAGUAAACCAGAAGCAUGGUAUUGUUUCAUAUUUAGACUAUAUUUGAGUGUGAUUUUUUACCAUCUAAGCAUAAUAUUCCAUAUUGAUUGCUCAAGAGUGAAAAUACUACAUCACAGUAUUUUUGUAGAACUUUGUCAUGUUGAACAACAUUUUAGCAUGGAAACACAAGAAUUUUUGGAAUGUUUCAGAGAGUUCAGUAAAUAAAAUCUUAUAUAAACAUGC